AUGGCGAUCGCACGUCCAAUUCGCAUGCUGGGUGCAGCAUGCAUCCUGCUCACUCUUUUCCUGAUCUUCCAGUUGCACCAGGGCUCCGAUAAACCCUCCUCUAAGCUGGCCCACGGCAUGACCCGGGAUCCCCUACUAGAUCCCACGGGUGAACCAGCAGGUAAUCUAUGGCGAGCGGAUGAUCACGAUUACUCCCCCGACAGCGAGAACUCGGCCCGCACCAAUGCCGCCCUCAUCUCGCUCGUCCGAAAUGAGGAAAUGUAUGAGCUGAUCAACACAAUGCGGGAUCUCGAGCGCACAUGGAACAACAAGUUCAACUACCCCUACAUCUUCUUCAAUGAUAAGCCUUUCUCCGAGGAAUUCAAGCAGAAGACGCAGGCUGUCACCAAGUCCAAGAUUCAAUAUGAGUUGGUGCCCAAGGAACACUGGGACGUCCCCAGCUGGAUCAGCAUGGAUCUCUUCCGCGAAUCCGCCCAGCUCCUAGAGGAGGAGAACAUCCAGUACGCUUCCAAAAUCUCCUACCACCAGAUGUGCCGCUGGAACAGUGGCAUGUUCUACAAGCACCCGGCCCUCGAGAAGUACCGUUACUACUGGCGUAUCGAGCCUAAGGUCCAAUUCUUCUGCAACGUUGACUACGAUGUCUUCCGCUACAUGGAGGACAACAACAAGACCUACGGUUUCACCAUCAACCUCUAUGACGCACCACAGACCAUCAAGACCCUCUGGCCUGAGACGCGCAAAUUCCUGGCAGCGAACCCCUCGUACUUGAGCGACAACAACAUGUGGGAGUGGAUUGUGGAUGAUCAAGCGCGCCCCGAGCACACCCAGGGUGCCAAUGGAUACUCCACCUGCCACUUCUGGUCCAACUUCGAGAUCGGUGACCUGGACUUCUUCCGUGGUGACAUGUACGAGGCCUACUUCCAACACCUGGAUCGAGCUGGUGGCUUCUUCUACGAGCGCUGGGGCGAUGCGCCGGUCCACUCGCUCGGCGUGGGUCUGUUCGCGAACGCCGCUAAUGUGCACUGGUUCCGCGACAUUGGAUACAACCAUAUCCCCUACUACAACUGCCCCAACUCGCCCAAGUGUUCCGGCUGCACUCCCGGCCAAUUCUACGCCGGCGCGGAUAUCCUUGCCAAGGAAGACUGCCGCCCGACGUACUUCAAGUAUGUCGGCACGCACUGA